AUGCCUCCAAGUGCAGAAGACGUGCAGCCCGAUGUCUCGCAAUUGCCCGCAUGGGAGUACUAUCCCACUCCUCGUCGAACUGGAAUGAGAAUUGUAGGUUUUACCGUCAUUCCAGCACUCUACAAGUUGGUCUGUAUUGGAGCAGGUUGUGCCGGUGUAUACAUGGCAUACCGUGUUCCAAGAGCUCUAAAGGAUGUCUCGCUCGUGAUCUAUGACAAGAACCCAAGUCUAGGAGGAACCUGGUUGGAGAACAGGUAUCCCGGAUGUGCUUGUGAUAUUGCUGCACACCACUACAGUUGGUCUUUCGAACUCAACCCUAACUGGACUUCCUCAUACGCUGGUGCCGAAGAGAUAUGGCGUUACCAAGACGCAGUCGCCGACAAAUACGACUGUAAAAAGUACAUGAAAUUCAACACCCGUAUCACCGACGCAUCCUUUGAUGAAAAAGCCGGUGUCUGGAAAUUGACUGGAACUGGCGCAAACGGUGAAGCUAUUACAGAUGAAUGUGAAGUCCUUGUUUCUGGAAUGGGAGCAUUGAACUCUUGGAAGUGGCCUGAUAUCAAAGGUCUUGAAGAUUUCAAGGGAAAGAAGAUGCAUACUGCUGCUUGGGACCAAAAGUAUGAUUUGACUGGCAAGACUGUUGCCUGUAUUGGAACUGGAGCCAGUGCCAUCCAAACCAUACCCAAAGUCCAAAAAGUUGCUGCUCAUUUGGACGUCUACCAACGCUCCCCCGUGUGGGUCCCCUCCAUGCUGGCCGGCGACACCGUCACCUACACCGAAGCCCAAAAGCAACGCUGGCGCGACCACCCCGAAGAACUGAAAGCCUUCUACGACGCCUUCUGCGACGGCUCCGAAGACGGCUUCAAGCUCUUCAUGGCCAACUCACCCGGAAACAAGGAGUGGCUCGCUACCGUCCUCAAGAGAUACGAAACCUUAAUCCCCGACCCGGCAUUCCGUAAAAAAGUUACUCCAGACUACGACAUUGGAUGUCGCCGAAUCACGCCUCACGAGACGUAUCUGCAGGCAAUCCAAGAAAAGAAUGUGGAUUUGAUUGUGGAGAAGAUUGAUCAUAUUGUUGCGAAUGGGGUUGUUACUAAGGAUGGUGUUUUGCAUCCCGUUGAUGUGCUGAUUACGGCUACUGGGUUUGAUACUAGUUUCAUCCCGAGGGUUGAGAUAACUGGGUUGGGUGGUUUGACCUUAAAGAAGGCUUGGAGCGAUAUCUCUGAAGGAUACCUCGGAACAGCCGUAGCUCAAUUCCCUAACUACUUUAUGUUCCUCGGUCCCCAAACUCCAAUCGGACAAGCCUCCCUACUGCCAUACAUGGAAGCCCAAGGAGACUACAUUAUGAAAUGCAUUGAAAAAAUGCAAGUAGACAGCAUCAAGUACAUGUCUCCCAACGUGCAAGUGCAACGCGAAUUCAAUGAUUGGAGUCAAGCAUACUUGAAGAAAACCGUUUGGGCAUCAUCGUGCAGUUCUUGGUACAAAGAUGCUAAGGGCAGGAAUAUGGCUAUUUGGCCUGGUAGUGCCAAGCACUUUAUAAAUUUCUUGAAGACACCUAGAAUGGAGGACUAUGAUCUCGUUUACACCAAGGCCAACCGAUUCGAAAACUUGUUGGCAAGCGGAUUAACCCGAUAA